AUGACGCGAAAGGCUCACUCUCACGCAGCUCGCGUCGCCCAUGCACAGACACGGAAACAGAAAAUGGCCGAGUAUCAUGACCAAAAGAGACAACAGAGUGCAAAAACCGAUGAUGAACGAAACAUUCUGCCGCCAAAACUUACCGAGCCAUUAACCAGCAAACUACAAGAAUUAACAUCUGUGCCUUUCACGUUACCGGGCGAUUUUCAACCAAGUAACAUAAUUUAUUUCAUUAAAUCGCUCUCGGCAUUUGAGCACUCUAUCUUUAGUCAAUAUCUUCAAACUGUCUUGCCCUCCCAAAUUGCACAUUGCCCUAUAAUCAUGGACAUUGCAGAACAAGCAGCUGAGAUCAGAAGUAACUGGAUCUUCUUCGUUUCUACUGAUCCGGUUCUUCUACGAGGUUGUCUGCUUGCAGCAUGUCGAUACUUGGCUGAAGUUGAGCUCCGCGAUGAGUAUGCAUUGUUGGCCAUUCAGUACAAGCAGUACUAUUUACAAAGCCUUCGGAAGGGGCUUUCAUCACGGAGUCUUCCAUCGCGUCGGAAUGCAGUUGCAAUGACCACAGUCCUCGCCCUCGAUGAGAUUACUUGUGGAGAUCAUCUUGUCGCUGCAAAACAUGUACUAGGUGCCAUGAAGAUGGUUGAAGACGCCGGCGGACUUGAAAGGCUUGGGUUGAACCAUCUUGUUCGCUAUGUCCUCUACAACCUCAUGUUCGGCAAGCGACUAUCAGAAUGGGAUAUGGAUCUACAACUGGCCUCAACACUCAUGACACCAGACUCAAUACUACCCUAA